GUCUGCGUAAAAGCUUAUAUAUAGAGGACGAGAUGAGGCGAGGUGGAGGCGUCCUUAUAAAAGCCCAUGCAGCCUCACCGAGCUCAUCAACGCGUAGAGGAAGGGGAGGAGGAGGAGGAGGAGGAAGAGGAGGAGGAGGAGCAGCCCUUCUUCUAGGAUGUGCUGAGAGCCGCUGCUUCAUUUCACCACCACCACCACCGCCUCCGAGCAGCACCCAGUCCCUUCCCCUUCUUUUCUUUUAGGAAGUGUUAAUCUAGAUUUUUUUGGAUGAAAAGUGCCAAUAGAUUUUGAAUAUAUAUAUAUUUUUUUUUGUACUUCCCCCCACCCCCCUGCAGAAGACCACUCUCCACGGUGGAGAGAGAAGUUCAGAAACGCACCCAGCUGCUGCUCAGGAGACGCCGGAUCCGAGCUCUCACAAGCAUCGCUACAUUUUUUUUGUAUAUAUAUAUUUUUUUCCUUUGGAGGGGAGGAGGAGGAGGGGGGGGGAGAGAAAGUUAUCAUCGACUUCAGUGAAGUUUAUUUCUUGUAAAAAAUCUUCCCCCGAGAGGAACCAGCUCAUCCGCCCCGGCACCAUGACGCGGAGAUCCUGUGCCAUUUACGCCACCGGUAUCGUGUGCGCUCACCUCCUGAUCGUGGGGAUCGCCCUGGUCGUGGCUCAAGUCUUCCAAACAAUGAUCCACAGCCGGUUAAAAAAGGAAAUUACUUUGACUGAGAAGAGCCAAAUGUUUGAAUCAUGGAAGAAUCCACCUCCACCUGUUUAUAUGGAGUAUUACUUCUUCAAUGUGACCAAUCCAGAGGUGUUCUUGGCAGGCGGGAAGGCAGCUGUCAAACAGAUCGGACCAUACACUUACAGGGAAUACAGGCCGCGGGAGAACGUAACUUUCCUGGAGAACGGCACCAAGCUUUACGCCCUGAACCCCAAAACCUUCGUGUUUGUGCCGGAGAAGUCAGUCGGUAACCCCGAGGUCGACGUUGUCAGGACUGUGAACAUCCCGUUUGUGGCGAUCAUGAGCGAGCUGAACUCUUACUCCUUCUUCCUGCGAACUCUCGUUUCCAUGUACGUGAACACCCUGGGCGUCGAGGUGUUCCUGACCCGCACGGUCCACGAGGUUCUGUGGGGCUUCAAAGACCCUCUUCUCACAAAGGUCCACGCUAUGAAGCCCGACGUGGACGAAUAUUUUGGGCUGAUGUGGAAGAAAAAUGGCACCCAUGAAGGAGAGUUUGUGUUCCACACCGGCGAGGAGAACUACUUGGAUUAUGGCAAGAUCGACACGUGGAACGGCAUGAGGGAGAUGUCGUGGUGGUCUUCAAAUCAGAGCAACAUGAUCAACGGUACGGACGGCGCGGUCUUCCACCCUCUGAUAAACAGGAACGAGCUGCUGUACAUCUUUGCUGCGGAUCUCUGCAGGUCUAUCCAUCUAGCCUAUGUGAAAGACGUGGAGGUGAAAGGCAUCCAGGCGUACCGCUUCGCCCCCCCUAACGACGUACUCAUGAACCCCAAAGAAAACCCCACCAACGCGGGCUUCUGUGUGCCUGCCGGAGACUGUCUCGGCACCGGGGUGCUUAAAGUCAGCGUUUGUCGAGAAGGUGCUCCCAUCGUGGUGUCUUUCCCCCACUUUUAUCAAGCCGACCCAAAGUACAUCAACGCCGUCGACGGGCUCAACCCCAACAAGGAAGAACACGAGACAUACCUCGACCUGCAACCGACCACAGGGGUUCCCAUUCGUGCCUGCAAGAGAGCUCAGCUCAAUAUCAUCCUGAAAAGAGUCCAAGGUUUCCCUAAAACCAAGUACAUCAACGAGACCAUUUUCCCCAUCAUGUUCGUCAAUGAGACGGCAACUGUGGACGAUGACUCUGCAUCCCAGAUGAGGACAUUGCUCCUGAUUGUGACUCUUGUGUCAAACUUCCCUUUGCUCAUCGUGGGCAUGGGCAUCAUCCUGCUGCUGGUGCUCGUCGUCUUGUUCUGCCGAAACCGCCAGAAGAAGAAUGAAGUAAAACGUAUUGAUUUUACAGAAGCUUUUCAUUCUUUUACUACGGUGAAAGACGACACGGCCUACACUCAGGUCAGCGACAAACCCGACGAGCCGUCAGAAACGCCGGCCACCCAGCCAAUGAGGAACGGCUCCUACAUUGCCAUGUCUCCAGUGGAGGCGCAGAAGUGUUGAUCGAGGAUCCCCUCCCCAAGUGUGGAGCUCAGGAAGGGGGCCGAGGGAGCAGCACGGGGUGUUACAUUACCAUGUGUGGGGGUUUGCAUACAAAGCGGGCUCAUUUUUUACCAAUUUGGGUUGGGGGUGGGGGGUGGGGUUAUGUUAGGGAGGAUAUGAAAAAAGGGGCGGGACACAAACCCCAGUAAAUGUUUAGUUCAUAAAGACAUUGCUCCUUUCGCUGAGCCCUCUUAUGACUGUCUGUCCUCCGCUACUCUACCUGCUGAGCAUGGCCCUCACUGCCGGCCGUACUGCAACACAACAAACUCCUGCACUCUCAUUCCUCGUUUCCGUUCCUGGUCGGCCUUAAAAGUGAAGAGACUCUGGGUGGGCUCGGCCAGGACAAGCCUUUUUUUUCCAUAAUUAUUGUGAGGGAACAAGUAGCAUAGGUGUCGCGGACGCAAACGGAUGCAUGAUCCUCCAAGCAGACUCGAUUCUGCUCGAAGAGUGAUUUAGUAUUCACCUUAACAACAGUGGGUGUUGUUACCGAUGUAUUCCUGCUCCUUUCCCCUCCAUCAGUGGAGAAAACUUCAGAGCCAACAGAUUUGAAAAAAAAACAAAAAAACCCUUACACUGAAUCCUUAGGACAAAAUGCUGAGCUGCUUUGCUCAGAGGAUAACAUGGUUGUGCUAAUAAUAACAGAACUUGGCAUAUCCUUUUUGUAUAAAAAAAAAAGAGAAAAUAGCAGAGGAAAAAACACUGAGCCAAACUAUUUAUAGCGUUUUAUGCCUUUUAUUUUUCCUAAGGUGAAUUAGUGAACCCAACACAAACACACACACACACACAGAGCACUUCCAGUUAGUGAACGUGUGUGUACACCUUUAUCCAACACUUAGUGUCCUGUUUUAUCUAUUUUUGUUGAUGCAGGCAAAGUGUAGUGACACCUGGAUCACUUGUGAUUUCGAUCCCCCCCCCCUUCAAUUUCUCCAGAACACGAGUUAAAACUAUAUUCGGUCAUCAUUAGUGAAGGUGAUGACUAGUUAGCUGGGAAAUAAUUAGGUUUGCCACCAGUAGCUUUAGGCUUCAUCACACAUUAAAAAAAAAAAAAAACACCCACAGAACUUACAAGGGAGACUUGAACCUUCUUUCUGCCUUAUAAUGGUUCAGCGUGUUCUUUAUGUUCAUACAUUGUUCAAAUAAGCUGGAAAUCUCUUCUGUCGUUAUUGUACAUAUGUAAAAGGGGAAAUGUUGAGAUACCUCUGACCAAAUCCAGCAAGCAGUCCUUCUAGGUGUGCUGAAAGACACUAACUUUGCUCUGGUGUCGACCGCUCCUGCACGUCUACACUGUUGAUUAUAAGAGAAAGCACAAUUUGGAUUGAUAAAACCAGUCCUCACACAAGACUACCAGGUUCCUUUUGUCCUACUAUUAUAUAUAUUUACAGCUGAUUUGUCAAAGACACUGUCAAAGUGCCGUGAAUAUUAAAAAAAAAGAAGAUUUAAAAAAAAGUGGAAUCAUUGAGGGUUUUAGAGGGAGCCCCGUGGACCACUCGCCGCUGUGCAGUCAUUCAGUUUGCCAAGGAGCUGUAGGCAUUCAGGCAAAACGCAGCACACAGCACUUGAAUCACUGUUUGUCUUAUGUUUCAUGUGUUGUCCUUUUUUUUUUUUUUUUUUGUCACUACACUUGUCUCGUCACGUCAAACCCAGCGCUAGUCGCUUACGGGAAGUGAAUUUAAGGCCAUAAUACUGUCAACGUGGAAAAAUUCCCUGCACUUUUGCCUGGAAGUUGUGCCCUGUGUAUUUUCAUUGUUGUCUUUUUUUUUUUGUCCCGUUUAUUUCAAUGCAGGUGGUCCAUAUGUUCAAUACAUUUCAAUGGUUUUAGUAUUGGUUAUGAAGGAUGUUGAUGUAAAUGAACACACAUCAAUGCCUCUGUUACUUGCUUAUCAGCACAUGGAGUGUCUUCUUUUGAUAUACUUUUGUAUUUGUUAUUGCUGCUAAAAAAAUGCCAUAACCUAUGGACUUGUAUUUGUACAUACGUGUACAUAAAUGCUCAUAUUCUGUUGCAGGUUGAGGUGCAGAGCCUUUUUUUUUCUUCAAGGCUUCCUGUGUUGCCAACCCACUUUGACACCUGAGCACAAGAUACAAAGCCCAAAGCUUGCUGCCAUUUAUUGGAAUUAGCAGUUACAGUUAUCACUAGCAACACUUUUAUUUGUAAAUGUAUCUCACUUAACACACUCAUUCCUCUUAUUAACAGAUCGUGACCAUAUCACAUGUAUUGUUGGAGUUCAUUAUAGGAGUAGUUAACUUAACAGUUCGCUGGAGGUGCCCAAAAAAGGGCGAGCCGUUUCUUCUAAGAUCGGUGUCAGAAGUCUGAUGCUGGGAUUUAUAACACUGUGGGGGAGAGGUCGAAAGUAUUCCUUUAAAGGUCAAAUCAAUUCACUUAAGGCCUUUUUAUUCCACCUACAUGCAGGCAACCACCGCCUUGUGUAAACUCACAGUCCGUCGUUAUUCACCUUUUGAAAAACUUGAACCUUAGAGACCUUAAUCCAGAGAGUCGUGUCUGGGGUGUGUGUGUGUGUGUGUAUGUGCUGCUCGCACAGUCUGUUCAAACACACACCUGAGCCAUCGACUGUCUGACUUCUACAACACCGACCUUUGGGUCCAAUCCUUCGAGCCGAUUGGCUCGUCCCUGCUUGACCAAAGAUAACCUAAUAGAUCUGCCCCAGCACCGUGUUUACUCUCCUCUCUGAUAACAGUUGUGCCACAAAAACCACCUCCCACCUGAUUUCUUUUUUUUUUUUUUUUUUUUAAAUUGUGCCACCACUUAUGUGAAGUAUUUGCAGCACUGUUGUGUGAGCGUUACCAUGUGUAUAUGUGCCUUUUUAUAUUAAGGCAAGAAAAAAAAAAAGGAAGAAAUUUCACAAGUUGGUUUGAUGGGUAUUGCUUUUUUUGUCACACAGUGAAAGAGCAAACAAAAGUAAUCAAUGCUCUUUGCGAGCAGAUCUCAGUAUUAUGUAAGACAAAGCAAUACAGAGUUGUAUAAAAUAAAUUGUUCUGUAAGGGGCCACACAAUAUUUAUGUACAUUUUUGUUUUUUUCCUUUGGAUUUUUGUUAGUUGUAUAGAAGUAUUUCUUUUUUCUGUAGCUUGAUUUAUGUUUUUGUGGUUCUAUUAAGUAUUUCAUUAUUGAUCAUUUCAUUUUUUUCCACACUGAAAAUACAAAAAUAGUGUAAAAAGAUGGACCAGUAUGCCAGGGACCUGUAAAAUGUCUGUAAGAGUGUUCAUGAAUGGUUUAAGAUUUGGGUGUUGGAGAACUCGUGUGAGUAAAUUUGUGUUUGUGGCGCCGAUGCAACAUUUCUCUCAAACUGGAGUGAUUUUUACUGGAAGGCUGAUUAUCUUGAAGACUGAGUAAAGUAACGCGUUGAUGCUGUGUAAACCUAUCUAGAUGAAUGAAGCCCUCCUACAGGGAUGAGCACUAGUGCCAUACCAUCCUUUAUUAUUAUUUCCCUUAAAUUGCUCUUUGGUUUAACAACCGCAUCUCCCCAUUUCAAUGUUCUGAAGUCACUAACAGACCUUUCCUCUUCAGAUAUACUAAUUUGUUUUGCUGCUGAAAAUGACAAUCCUUGUCAUGUGAGGUGCAAAAUGAAUAAUAAGUAAUAUCCAUUUUUAGUUUUGAUAAUUUACACUGCACAAAUGUUUCUACAGUGCUUUUGUAAACAUUUAUAGUGUAUUUGCAAAAAAAUAAAGGUUGCACUAAAGUGCGAAUUUUA